AUGCACAUCUUCCCUUCCUGGACAUGCUGAAGCAAUUUUGUGUGCAUCAUUCAGUCCUGAUGGGCAGCACAUGGCAUCUGGUUCAGGAGACACCACAGUACGAUUUUGGGAUAUUAAUACAGAAACUCCACAUUUUGUUGGGAAAGCACAUCGUCACUGGGUAUUAGUCACAUCCUGGUCUCCUGAUGGGUUGCAUUUAGCAUCUGGUUGUAAAACAGGUCAAGUUAUUGUUUGGGACCCAAGAACUGGAAAGGCAGUGCGGACAUUCUUAGGGCACAAACAAUGGAUUACAGCUUUGUGCUGGGAACCGCUUCAUUUAUCUGACCAUCCUCAGUGUUCAAGAGUAGCUUCAGCGGGGAAGGAUGGAGAUAUUAGAAUAUGGAACAUACGACAUGGUUCAUGUGAAAGAGUGCUUUCCAAUCAUGUCAAAAGUGUAACAGCUUUGAGAUGGGGAGGUGAAGGAUUAAUAUUCUCUGCUUCACAGGAUAGAACUAUUAAAGUUUGGAGAGCAUCUGAUGGUGUUAUGUGUCGAACUUUGCAGGGUCAUGGACAUUGGGUUAAUACUUUAGCCUUGAAUACUGACUAUGUUUUACGUACUGGUGCAUUUGAGCCCCAGGCUUUAAUGAAACCAAGACCAGAAUUUCUACCAGAUGAAGAAAGAUUAGCAUGUGCAGAAAACCGGUAUCAGACAGCAUUAAAGUGUGCUGGAGGUGUUGAAAGAUUAGUAUCAGGGUCUGAUGAUUUCACAUUAUUUUUGUGGGAGCCAUCUAAAGAAAAAAAGCCCAUUGGUAAGGAAUUUUUUAGUUUACUGCUUGGAUAG